AUGGACAUUCAGACAGAGGUGCGUGUGGUCCUGAAGGCACUUGGCUUCAUUUGCCUGGUGGCAGUGGGCGUCCCCGCAAACCUGAGCAUACUUUUCCUCUUCUGCCGCCUGCGACUCUCCCGUGGCCGUCUGCCUCCCAAUGAUUUCAUCCUUGGCAACCUCGCCAUCGUCAACUUGGCAGUUUUACUGUGCCGUGGCAUUCCCCAGACCCUAGUUGCUCUUGGCCUGAAACGUUUCAUUGAUGACCACGGUUGCAAGGUGGUCAUUUUUGGUUAUCGUAUGGGUCGUGCUAUGUCUAUCUGUGUGACGGCUCUAUUGGGCUGCUACCAGAGCGUGAGCAUAGCUCCUUCCACACCUCCCUGGAAUGCCCUCAAGCGCUGGCUUCCUGCCCACCUGCCCCAUGCCAUCAUCCUCCUUUAUGCCCUCAACAUUUUUGACUCGUAUGGUGCCAUAAGCUACCCACAGGCACCACCUUCCAAUGGCUCCAUCCCAGAGUACACACUAAACCUUGAGUUCUGCAUUGUUGUUUACCCAAGCCCCCUAACCUAUGUGGUCAACGGGGUAAUAUUAACUUUCCGGGAUGUGUUCUUUGUGGCUGUGAUGGUGGUGGCAGCAGUCUACAUGCUGUUGGUCCUGUACCGGCAUCGACAGCAAGUGAAGGGACUGCAGGGGGCCAGUCAGGCAUCAGCAAGUGCCUCCCAGGCCGUACUGCUACUGGUGUGUACAUACGUAGUACUCUUUGGUUUGGAGAAUGCACUAUGGGGCUACUCUCUCACCGUCUCCAGGGUCAAGCCUGCCAUCACCGAUGCACGUGUUUUUUUUGCCUCCUGUUACUCUGCCCUGUGCCCUGUCCUCAUCAUUGCCAGUAACCGGAGGCUGGCAGAAAACUUCCAGUGCUCUGCAUGUGACAAGACUGCAGCAGAGGACACUUCUACAGCAGGACAAUUUAACAUUUCUCAUGCAACUGCCUAA